AUCAAUUAUUGAUUUAGAAUCAUCGUCUUCGACGACAACAACGACAACUAUUGGCCAUGGUAAUUGUCAUUGUCAAUUACCAUGGACAAUGGUAACUCCUUGGUCUCUUGAUUUGAUGGAUUCCGAAAGUAAUGAUCAAUGCUACACGAAUGAUGAUGAUGAUCAUCAUCAUUCCAAAUCGUUGAAGAUUGUUACAUUCAAAGUGAAUAAACAUUUGAAUUCAAAAAUCAUUCUCUGGAAUGGCUGUUCAAGUUCAAUGUUACGAUUAAAAGUGGAUGCCAUUGUUCAUCCAACCAAUGAACGUUUUGAACGUGGAUCAAAUCCAUUAACAAAUGCAUUGUACAAACAUGCCGGUGCUGAACUACGUAAAACUCUUUAUAAUAAAUUAAAAUAUUGUCCAAUUGGAUCGAUUAAAAUAACCAAAGGUUAUUCAAUUGCUGCCUAUUAUAUAAUUCAUACAGCCAGUCCUCAUUAUAAAUGCAAAUAUCAUUCAGCGUCAGAAACUGCCUUAUUUAAUUGUUAUCUACAUGUAUUACAAGCGGCUAAACAUUACAAUAUUCGUACAUUGGCCAUUGGUAAUCUAGCAUUGAAAGAACAUCAUUAUCCAGAAUUGGAUGGCAUUCAUCUUGGUAUACGUGUCAUACGACGAUUUAUGGAAUCAUAUCCGGAUGCAUUUGAUACAAUAAUAUUGUGUAUGCAAAAUGAACAUGAAUAUGAUCUUUAUCGAUCAGUGUUGAAAUUAUAUUUUCCACGUAAUCAUCAUGAAGAACAGAUGGAAUCAUCAUUGUUACCAGCUAAUAAUGGUGGUCCAAUGGGCGAACCCAUCAUACCGGAACGAGCAAUACGUAUUCAAGAAAAUCCUAUUAAAAGUUUACAAGAAAUUAAUGAUUCCGGAUUGGAUGAUAGUUGUGAUGAUCUUUGUGCUUAUUCAUAUUCAUCAAGCUAUUCAACUGAUGCUAAUGGUCAAGGUACCGGUAGUGAUAUUAAUAUCGAUGAAUGUCGUGAAAGAUUGAUCGAAUUGAAAUAUCAACAAGAAUUUGAUUAUACACCAUCAUUACCCUCAUCACCAAUGAAACGUUCAUCGUCAUUUGUGACGUCAUUUUUUCAUACAGGAAACAAUCAUCAUAAUCAUCAUCAUACACAAGAACAUUAUAGUUCAAUGGAAAGUAUGGCCUGUCCAUCAUCGCCUUCAUUCACGCGUAAUCAACAUCAUAAUCAUCAUCAUUCAUCGACGAAUGUGCAAAAUCCACAUCAUUUCGAUGAUUAUGAUCAACAGGAUCAAUUUAUGCUUAUUGAACAUAAAAGACAAUUGAAAUUUGAACGAUUAUUACGAAAAAUACGGCGACAAGAAAAAGAUUUAUCGGAAACGGUUCGUGAUAGGCUACAGGAAUGUAUUUACAUUUCUAACAUCACCAAAGAUGAUGAUAAUAAUAAUAAUAAUGAUUCCGUUCUCAUCAUAAUCGGUCGAGAAUUAGCCAAUCUUUUCCAUAAUGAAUUGGAUGGCCAUUUUGAUCAGAUUAUUGCUCAUAUUGUUAAGAUGUUGGAUAAAAUAUGUCGUACUGGCAAAAAAUAUUCGGUCAUCUAUUUCCAUACAAUGGCUGAUAAUGUUGAACCGAUUAUUGUGCCAAAAAAUCAGCCACCAAAAACUCAACUAUUAUCACGUUUAUAUGAAUUCAUUUCACAUCAACAUCAGAAUUUAUUGCAAUCAUUCUUUGUGGUACAUCCAUCCGUAUUCAAUCGGCUUUAUGUUUGGUGGCUAAAAACAUUUCAUUGUAAAUUUCUAAAGGAUAAAGUACAAUUCAUACAACGAUUAGAACAACUAUCGGUCCAUAUUAAUCGAAAACAUCUAGAACAAUUACCAACAUUCAUUAUGGAAUAUGAACCUAAAUCGAAUGCUACGUCAUUACAACUAUCAUCAUCAUCAUCAUCAUCAUUGUUACCAGAAAAAUCAAAUACUACGACUUGUUGAAUUGUAAUUUUAGAAUUUUUGAAUAGUAAUAUUAAUAUUAUUAUUAUUAUUAUUAGUAAUGUUUUCAUGUUGAAAAUAAA